UUUUGUACCUGGCUUCAUACAUGGCUACAAUGCCUGAGGUUUUUGAAGGAAUGCUCAAGAUUAGAAUUGGAUGGAUAAUCCAGGCCAUGAAGCAGCUGUUAAGUUAUGGAAAUAACCUUGGUUCUCUUUAUGCUCAGCCACCAAGUGCUGUUAAGAAACUACUCAAAAUAGUUUUACUAUCAAAGGGCAAGCUUAAUGGUCAAGAUGUUACUCCMAGGACACCUCUUCAAAAACGACAACUUGAUGGUGCUGUUCAUCGAACUCCAUUAGACUUUUAUCAUAAAGUGUGGAAUGUACUCUGUAAUUCACCUGGUGGGAUCAUGGUCAGCCAACAUCACCUUCACCAGCUUCCUACAAUAUCUGACAUGACGCAAAACGAGAUAAACUUUCAGCUUAAAGUAGAGGAAUUAUUAAAUGGCAUAUCAAACCCAGAACACAGACAACUGAUUGUUGAAUUGAUAGUGGUAUUGGCAACAAUAUUGCAGCGUAAUCCAGAAGUGAAGUUUGAAGGAUGUGUUGACUUGGAUGCAAUACUACAAGAUGCCAUCAACAUUUUUUAUGUAGAACAGGAAAAACAAGGCAAACCAGCAACCCGAGAAAGCUUUUACAACACACCAUCUGAAGGCAAAGGUGGCACAACAGCAUACUUGACAAGAGCCUUGGUUAACAGAUUACUAGGAGAGGGAUUGGAUCACACUGCAUGUUCUAUUUGCUAACGGACUUACAGCAAUAGUCUUCAAGGUUCCCUGAAUCAUMUUGAAAUGGUUUWRAUAUGGUUCCUUUACACAAAAGCAAGAAGACCAGUGUGCUUGGGAUGAUUGUGUGUUGGUAUGAAAGAAUUUAUCUGACAUUGCAUGCUGAUAAGUUGUCUUGCAUGCAAAGAUAUACUUACUUUUCAAGAUAGUACAGAGAACCACAAAAAAUACUUCUGUUGAAUGAUAUCUGAACAAGUACAAAGAUAUUGAUGAACUGAGCUACGCUCUCUGUUAUUUUGCUGAAUAAGUGGCAGUAAUUGCAGUAUAUAAAUUAUGGGACUGAGCUCCCUUCUCCAUAAGAGGGUGUUUGAUAACAAUUUAUUUGGCUUAUUAUGCUUGGUAAACAAGAUUCUCAAUGUACAGUAUAACUGACUAUAAUCUGACCAAUAAUUUAUGAUUGAUGUGAUUCAAUAUAAGCCUUUUUUAACAUGUGUAAUGAUAAUGAUGAUGAUGAAAGUAUUGCAGAGCUAUCAAAUAGACAAAAAAAAUGACAAUAUGUGUUAAAGAUUGUAUUGAAUAUUUGCAUAAAAAUAAAGCAAUAUUGCUACAA